GCGCCUCAAAUACCGGAAGUGGCGCCCGUGUUGUUGUCAUGUGAUAUCUGCCGCCGACGGUGGCUACUUUUUGCCCUCAACCAGACAACUUUUAUGUUUGUCGGCGCGGAAGAAGACGGCUGCUUUUCCGUGUGAAAAGAGGGACGCCGGAGUGUCGCGGAGGCCGCCAUGGGGUGCUGUUACAGCGGCGAGGACGAGGCGGCAGAGCAGGAUCCUGAACGCAAGCCGCUGAUCACGCACCCAAACCCGGUCAGCAAACCCCCAAAUGGCACGGACUGGAUCAGUCCCACCGUGCCCUCGGCCAGGACGGACGAACAGGCCCUGCUCACCUCCAUCCUCACCAAGACGGCACAGAACAUCAUCGACGUGUCGGCGGCUGACUCAGUCAUGAUGGAGCAACAUGAAUACAUGGACAAAGCUCGACAAUACAGUACAAAACUUGUUGCAUUUAGCAGCAGCAGUCUUCAAAAGAAAGCCCUGGUUCUCCCCUCCUUCACCAGCCAGCCUCACCAAGUGCUGGCCAGUGACCUGGUGCCAUACUCGGACGUGCAACAGGUGUCCAAGAUAGCAGCGUACGCUUACAGUGCAAUCUCUCAAAUCAAAGUGGACGCUAAAGAAGAACUGGUGGUCCAGUUUGCUAUUCCUUGAUUGUUCUUCUUCCUCCUCUGGUGUGUCUUUCUUUGUCUUCUUGUGCUUGGAAGGCCACAAUCAUUCAGGUUCUUCUUCCAUAUGUAACACCCAACCAUCCAUUACCACACCCGCUUCUCCAUCCCAUUGCUUCUCCAUUCGACGCGAUUCCCACAAUGUAGGAGUGUGACUCUUUGGGCACCUAAUGAUUUAAUUCCGAUUCCUGGAGUUACGAUUCGAUUCAGGAUCGGUUCUUGAUUCAACAUAAUUCUCGAUUCAAACCAUUCUGGCAAUAUAGGUUGUGAAUUUUUGGCCAUCUUAUGAUUCGAUCAGAUUCCUGAAAUGACAAUUCCAUUCAAAAAAAGUCUCGAUUCAAACCGAUUCUUGCAAUGUAGGCGUGUGAAUCUUUAAGCAUCUAACGAUUUAAUCCCGAUUCCUGGGGUGACAAUUAGAUUCAGGAUCGAUUCUUGAAUCAAACCAAUUCCCACACUGUAGGGGUUUGACUCUUUGAGCACCGAACGAUUCAAAAUCGAUUCUCGAUUCAAAAUAAGUCUCAAUUCAAACAGAUUCUUGCAAUGUAGGGGUGUGAAUCUUUAAGCACCUAACGAUUUAAUCCCGAUUCCUGGGGUGACGAUUCCAUUCAAGAUCGAUUCUUGCAAUGCUAGGUUGUGAAUCUUUGAGCACCUAAUGAUUCGAUAAAAUUCCAGGAAUGACAAUUCGAUUCAAAACAAGUCUCGAUUCAAAACUAUUUUUGGGGUGUGCAUCUUUGGGCACCUAACAAUUUAAUUCUGAUUCCUGGGGUGACGAUUCGAUUCAACAUCGAUUCUCCAGUCAAACCGAUUCUUGCAAUGUAGGUUGUGAAUCUUUGAGCACCUAAUGAUCCGAUCGGAUUCCUGGAGUGACAAUUCAAUUCAAAACAAGUCUCGAUUCAAACCAAUUCCCACAAUGUAGGGGUGUGAAUCUUUGAGCAUCUAACAAUUUAAUUCCGAUUCCUGGGGUGACGAUUCGAUUCAAGACCGAUUCUUGCAAUGUAGGUUGUGAAUCUUUGAGCACCUAAUGAUCCGAUCGUAUUCCUGGAGUGACAAUUCAAUUCAAAACAAGUCUCGAUUCAAACAGAUUCUUGCAAUGUAGGAGUGUGAAUCUUAGGGCACCUAACGAUUUAAUCCUGAUUCCUGGGGUGACAAUUCGAUUCAGGAUCGAUUCUUGAAUCAAACCAAUUCCCACACUGUAGGGGUGUGAAUCUUUGAGCACCUAACGAUUUAAUUCCGAUUCCCAGAGUGACGAUUUGAUUCAGGAUCGAUUCUCCAAUCAAACAGACUCUUGCAAUGUAAGGUUGUGAAUCUUUGAGCACCUAAUGAUUCGAUCGAAUUCCUGGGAUGACAAUUCUGUUCAAAAUCGAUUAUCGAUUCAAAACAAGUCUCGAUUCAAACCGAUUCUUGGGGUGUGAAUCUUUGGGCACUUA